AUGAAUAACUCUAUACAAACAGCCUCCGACGACAAAUCACCUCAGGAACCUCCUGACAUAGGUUCUAUGCAAAUUGAAGGUACAAAACCAAUUACUCCAUCACCAUCCUUUCUUCAAACUCUAAUCUCAAAUAAACAUCCACCAACAAUUCCAUAUAUACAACAGAGCAUGGAACUUGAACUAGACUUGUCUGAUGAAAGUCUUCACUGCAAUCAAGAUGAUGACAUAUUUAUACCCAUUACUACAGAAGACAAAUGCCGCUUAUAUACUCCAUGGAAAUAUUCAAUAAUAGUUAAAUUAUUUGGUAGAAAGAUAGCACACAACAUACUACAAACCAAACUCCUUGCCCUAUGGAACCCAUCUGAAGAUCUACCUCUCAUUGAUCUAGGCUCUGAUUCCUUCCUCAUAAAAUUUCAAAAGGAAGAGAACAUGCUUAAGGCAUUAUAUGGAGGGCCAUGGUUUCUUCUGAAUCACUUCCUAUCGGUUAGACAAUGGGAGUCAAAGUUCAUAGCCUCAUCCACACAACUCACAUACUCAGCAAUAUGGGUUCGACUACUAGAACUUCCAACUGAAUUUUAUGAUGAGCAAAUACUAUAUAAGGUGGGAUCUAAGUUGGGACAGCUGCUAAAGGUUGAUGCUUUCACCUCCUCUACAACUAGGGGCAAGUACAAGCAGAUGUUACUAUACGAAGGUCUAAAUAUGUUAUGCACAAGCUGUGGGCGCUUUGGUCAUACCAAUAUAGGCUGUCUUUUUACACCAAAACAACCACCAAAUCAACCUAUUUCGAACUCCUCUGCAUCUACCCAGAAUGAUUCAACACAGCAAACAGAGUGGAAAACAGUAAGUUUCCCAGGAAAUCUUUGCAACGCCAAAACAACAGUCGCACACAAUCAACAUUAG